AUGGCAUCCUUCAAUUUCGGUGCACCCGCGUCUACCAGUGGAGGGGGAGGAGGAGGAGGAGGAGGCAGUCAGUCAAUAUUUGGCACAUCCAAUAAACCUGCAUCGGGAGGCAGUCUGUUCGGAAAUACUGCUGCUGCUGCACCUAGCACUUCAGGUUCAAAUACCAAUGCCCCAUCCUUCAGCUUUGGAGGGUUUAACCAGCCAACGUCGUCAAACUCUCCUUCGCAGUCUUUGUUCGGAGCAGCACAAAACAAGUCCAGCACGCCGAGCCUCUUUGGGCAAGGCAGUGCAUCGGGAGGCGGAGGCGGUGCUGCUGCUGCUGGCCUUUUCGGUGCCAAAAAGCCAGAGGCCAAUCAAGGCAGUGGUGCUUCACAACCUGGCUUUGGUACACCGGAUAAGGCGCCGGUCCCGUCGACAACAACAUCGGCAGCACCUUUGUUUGGUUCUACCACGCCUGCAACAAGUGGCGGCAGCAAUCUCUUCAGUUUCGGCAACGCUUCAACUACACCCGCUGGACCUCCUCCAUCCGGCUCGACUUUUGGUGCGAGCACAGGCGGCGGAGGGCUGUUCGGUGCAAAGCCUGCUGCAGAUGCGUCAAAACCCACCACAUUGAGCUUUGGCAAACCUGCUGAAACCUCAGCACCCUCAUCGAGUGCAUCAACAACCGCAGCACCUCUCUUUGACGCAGCCAAACCAGGUUCGGGUUUUAGUUUUGGAGCGCCCUCAAAGCCGGCAGACACUACAUCUACCUCUAAGCCCGUAGCAGCUGCCUCCAGCUCUGAACAAAAGCCCCUGUUCUCCUUUGCCGGACCUGCAUCGAGUUCAGCCUCGACGCCCGCCGCGUCAGCUCUGCCAGCGCCCCAGCCCACUUCAUCGACAGCUCCGUCUCUUUUCAGUGACACCUCUAAACAAUCUGCUGGCGGGCCUAGUCUCUUCUCGAAACCUACCACGACUACCGAAGCGUCAGCGCCAACUAAGCCUGCCUUUUCAUUCGGACCGUCUUCAACGCAAGCUUCAGCAGCAGAAUCUCAAGCAACUCCAGCGCCUGCCCAGAAGCCCAUGUUCUCUGGUUUCAACAUUGGUGCAUCCAGCACUUCUACUACUGCUCCCCCUGCAACUGGUGGAGCUACGGCUGGUACAGCAUCUUCUGGUGCUCCCAAAAGUUCCUUUUCAUUUGCUCCUGCAGCGACCACCUCAGCUCCUCAACCCACUACGACAUCAGCCCCCGCUGCCAGUCCAUUUUCGUUUCCCUCUACAUCGACAGCGCCGUCGUCACAGCCUGCUACGACCACCUCCUCCACCACAGCAACAGCUGGGACUGCUACUGCUACCACUCCCGUUGGUUUUCCUGGAAUUUCGGGCACACAGACGUCUACAGCCGGGCCAGCUCCUCCUGCGCAGUCGCGGCUACGCAACAAGACCAUGGAUGAGAUCCUUACAAGAUGGGCGACUGACAUGUCACGAUAUUCCAAAGAGUUCAAGGAACAUGCAGAAGUUAUCGCACGCUGGGAUCAGCUGAUCGUGGACAACUCUUCCAAAAUCGACAAGCUCUAUGUCAAGACGCGCACCUGUGAGAGGCAGACGAUGAGUGUCGACAUGCAGCUUGCGGCAGUGGAAAACCAACAAGUCGAGUUGGAGAGCUGGCUUACGAAGUACGAAAACGAUGUGGAGGAGAUGCUGGCAAAGGAUAGCACCAACCCAAGUGAACUAGGCGGACCCGAUCAGGAGAGGGAGAGAACCUACAAGCUGGCGGAGAAGCUUGGGGAAAGACUAGACGAGAUGGAACAUGAUCUGGAGAGCAUGGUUGAGGAGGUCAAUGCCGCCAAUGCAAGCCUGAACAAGACUGGCAAGGCUGAUGAACCGAUCACCCAGAUCGUCAAGAUUCUGAACUCGCAUUUAGUCCAGCUCCAGGCGAUCGAUCAGGGCACCGUUGCCCUGCAAGAGAAAGUGGCUGCCGCACAGAAGUCGGCGAGCACUUUGGGCUACCUAACGAACUCUGCGGAUGGGAACGGCAGUUUGGCGGUCCAGGACUUCUAUCGAAGCUACAUGGGAAGAAGAUAA